GUAGCCGACUGUCGGGCGUUUUAAGCGGUUCUUCUCUAGCAGGAUUAGAGUACUGGUGCGCUACCGGAAGUUUCCGAACGAAAACAUAAAUCAUAUCAGACGCGUAACAUACCAAUAGAAAUUUCGAACCAUAUCACGUGUGUUUUCACAACGCUCGUUAGCGCGGUGCUGAUGGCUUCCUGCGUUAGUUGGUGAACAUCCGACAGGGUUUGUUUCAUGUAAUCAUAUCAGCUUCGCUUGCUGCUUUUUAUUGUACAGCUCGCAAUCAACAGCAUAAUUGUGGCUACUUUCAAUCUGAUAGUAGUAACCAUUGCCGGGGGCAGUCCUUAAGUGUCAGUGAAUGUUGACGGCCAGAUUCGUACGAGAUUCUGAUCGCAUAAUAGUUCUUUGCGUCCCACAAGAAAACCGACGACAACAAAAGUGACGAACUUAAUUCCCAUAAUUGGGUGUAAGUGACGAUCAUUCAGCGUAAAAAGAAAGUGAAAUACAGCGAGUAGAGUUAAAUUGAAAUUAAAGGAGCGAUGCGAUCGGCAAAGUUGACAAUGCAGUCUACGCUGGGGAUUAUCGUCGUGUUUGCGGUGCUACUGAGCAGAACCGUACCAGCGGUCGAGGCCAAUGACAGCCAGAACCUGAACCGUCUGCUCAACAACCAGGUCAUUGUUAGUCGGCAGAUCAUGUGCGUGCUGGAGAAAAGCCCGUGCGAUCAGCUGGGAAGACAGCUGAAAGCUGCCCUACCGGAAGUGAUACAACGGAACUGUCGGAACUGUUCCCCCCAGCAGGCCCAGAAUGCCCAGAAGUUGACUAACUUUCUGCAGACGCGCUACCCGGAAGUGUGGGCAAUGUUGAUACGCAAAUACGGUGCCGUUUAAGCGCAGCUGGAACGAAUUGCAACGAAUCUUCAACAGGUGUUUUAUUUUUCCCAAAUGUCAAACCAAAGCGCGAUGCAAGAAAAUUGUGAUAAUAUCAUAUCCCCACCCCGGAUGACGCAUCGCGUGGCUUUUGUCUCCUGUUUGGCAUCUAUCGUGUUUCGUUAUGGGUCUCUUAUGCUUACAGCAGAGCGUCUCUCUAUAUCACCUUGUGUUCGUGUAAUAAUUUUAUAAGAAGGCACACCUUACUAUUACGUGAAAAGUACAAUAUCAAGAGAAAGUGAAUCGCGAGUAUGACGAUGCAAUAUUUGUCAGAAUAGUACACCGGAAUGCGAAAGGAGGCUGACAUUAUUUGUAAGAAGCCAAAAAUAAACGAUGCAUAAGCAA